AUGUCUACUGAAUUGAAUCAAAUUGAUAUUGAACAAUCAUCUCAAACUGAUGAAUUAAUGAAAGUAGAUCUAAUGAAAAUUGAUGAUAAUUUAAAAUCAAAUAUUACAUGUGAAUUAUAUGAUACAUUGAUAGAUCCAGAAUGUAAAAAAUCUAAAUUAUCUGAUGUAUGGGAAACAAGUCAUACACCUCCAUUAGAAUGUCAAGAAUAUGAUUCAUUAAAAGUUAAAAAAGAUCUAUACAAAGAUAUUACUACCAAUGUAAAUGUUGUUGUUGAUGAUGAUAAUUUGAAAAAAUUUCAUGAUACAGAAAAAAUUGGAUCAUGUUAUAGACAUACAGAUGAUUAUGAAAUAUAUCAUUCUAGUAUUGAAAAAGAUAUUUGUACAGAAUUGGAUAAUCCUAUGUACAUACCAAUUAAAUUACCAAUGAGUAGUAAUUUAUAUGUUCCAGUAUAUUAUGUACAAUCGAGUGAAGAAACCUCACCUAAAUUAAAUAAACAUAAUUUGGAUUUUAAUGACUCAAAUAAUAUCCAUAAGGAUUCUAAUAAUAAUAAUAAUAUCAAAUCAAUGGUAAGUCAUAAAUAUCAGUUAAAUUCUCAUGAUAACCUAAGUAAACAAAAUGAAUCUCAACGACUAUCUAGUGAUUAUCAUAUAAAUACCAAUAAUCAGGGAUAUGAAAAUUAUUUAUCAAAAUAUGAUACAACUAAGCCAGAACCUAAUCCUUAUGACUUAGAAAUAUGUAAUGUACAGACAGAAUUAAAUGAACCAUUAAUGAAAACAAAACAUUCAGAGAAAUCGAAAACUAGUAAAGUAUUAUUAAAACAAAAACUACAUUUUAUGAAACCAAAGUUAAAAAUGAAUAUGAACAAUAAAGAAAAUGAAAUUGUUAUACUGGAUAGUCAAGGAAAAAUUACUGAUGAAAAUAAUAAAAUUGAAAAAAGACAAAAAAUAGGUUGUUCACCGAAACUUAAAUUUAAAAAACAUGAACAUCCUAAUAGAAAUGAUUUAGAAGUUAUGCAACGAAAUGAUAAACCUGUUGAAGGGGUUAUCAGUGGAAAACAAUACAAAAUCCCUGAUCUAGAUUCAAAUAAUCAACCCAUUGAACAUGAACCAACCGAAACAUCAGGAAUGGAAAACAAAAAGGUGACAAGAAAAACAAAAAUCCUGCAUCGAAACAAGAAUGAAGUAAAAGAGAACGAAAUAAAGACCGCGAAAGGAGCACAAAAAAAGGAAAGGCGAAUAACAGACUAUAAAGCAAAGAAAGAAAAAGGAACGGAAGAUGCAAAACAGAGUAAAAUAGACGGGAAGAUAGAAAAGAAGAAGGAAAAAAGAAUGAUGAACCCAUGCGUAAAUCUUAACCGCAUAAAAAUAAACAAAACAAUAACCACCAGAUACAACGCAGAAAAACAACCUCCACAAGAAAUAAAAAUAAAAAAAGAAAAACUAAAAAAAGGGCCAAACACACAGCACGAAAAAGUGAAGAGUAACAAGUUCCACUGGUCUCCGAAUAUCUCAUUGCCAAAGUUGAAAGUGCAUGGACCAGAUGUGUCUGGAAAACUUCAUGCAGAUGCACCUGAUGUGAAUGUGAAUGUGACUGGUCCAUCUGUGGAGGUGCCAUCUCUGAAAGCCAGUGGUCAUUUGCCUACUGUCGAUGUGUCCGUUCCCGAUGCAUCGUUGGGAGGUGAUCUAUCCGGUAAGCUCGAUUUGGAUGGUGUCGGUGUGGGAGUUGUGGACGCCGAUUUGAAUCUGCCAGACCUACAGAUCUCAGGAAAUGUGAGCGCACCGUCUGUCGAGGGAGACCUAUCCAUGCCAGAUGUGUCCGCCAAUCUGGACACAGACGUGAAACUGCCCAGUGUGCAACUGACUGGUCCAGAUCUCCGUGUACAUGGUGAGAUGCCGGAUGUGGAUGUGGGUGCUAAGGUGGAUGUGCCGAAACCACAUAUUUCAAUCAAGGCACCGAAAUUCGGGUUCGGUCUGGGCAAGAAGAAGCCGAAAGUGAAGACUCCAAAGGCUGAUGUGAAAGUGGAGGGUGGAGCAGGUGGGGAGAUAGAUUUGGAUGCCGGUUUGGACGCUCACUUAGAUGGUAAAGCAAGAAAGGGAGGUAAGAAGUUCCAUUGGUCUCCUAAGUUCGGGUUGCCGAAGGGUGGUCUGAAGAUUGGUGGAGGUGCUGGUGUUGGAGUGCCGGACACCUCGGUGUCUGUCUCAGGUACGACUGGUGGUGUGGAUGUGUCUCUUCCGAAACCCGAACUCGAUGUCUCCAUGGAGGUUCCCGACGUUGAUGUGUCCGCCUCUGUGCCCGAAAUCGAUGUAUCAGGUGGUGUGAUUAGAGGUGGGGAGUUGGGACUGACUGGGAAAGUUUCUGCACCCGAUGUGGAUGUCAGUGUUCCAUCGAAGAAGAAGUUCACCUUCGGUUGGGGCUCGAAAGGCAAGAAGGCGAAGAAGGUGAAGUUGCCCACAGUGUCGGGAGACGUGGAUGCUAGUUUGGAUGUGGGUGGAAAGGUUGAUGUUCCCAGUGUGAAGGUCGAUGUGGACUCAGGUGAUCGAGUGAAAGGUAAGAAAUUCCACUGGUCUCCGAAUAUCUCAUUGCCAAAGUUGAAAGUGCAUGGACCAGAUGUGUCUGGAAAACUUCAUGCAGAUGCACCUGAUGUGAAUGUGAAUGUGACUGGUCCAUCUGUGGAGGUGCCAUCUCUGAAAGCCAGUGGUCAUUUGCCUACUGUCGAUGUGUCCGUUCCCGAUGCAUCGUUGGGAGGUGAUCUAUCCGGUAAGCUCGAUUUGGAUGGUGUCGGUGUGGGAGUUGUGGACGCCGAUUUGAAUCUGCCAGACCUACAGAUCUCAGGAAAUGUGAGCGCACCGUCUGUCGAGGGAGACCUAUCCAUGCCAGAUGUGUCCGCCAAUCUGGACACAGACGUGAAACUGCCCAGUGUGCAACUGACUGGUCCAGAUCUCCGUGUACAUGGUGAGAUGCCGGAUGUGGAUGUGGGUGCUAAGGUGGAUGUGCCGAAACCACAUAUUUCAAUCAAGGCACCGAAAUUCGGGUUCGGUCUGGGCAAGAAGAAGCCGAAAGUGAAGACUCCAAAGGCUGAUGUGAAAGUGGAGGGUGGAGCAGGUGGGGAGAUAGAUUUGGAUGCCGGUUUGGACGCUCACUUAGAUGGUAAAGCAAGAAAGGGAGGUAAGAAGUUCCAUUGGUCUCCUAAGUUCGGGUUGCCGAAGGGUGGUCUGAAGAUUGGUGGAGGUGCUGGUGUUGGAGUGCCGGACACCUCGGUGUCUGUCUCAGGUACGACUGGUGGUGUGGAUGUGUCUCUUCCGAAACCCGAACUCGAUGUCUCCAUGGAAGUUCCCGACGUUGAUGUGUCCGCCUCUGUGCCCGAAAUCGAUGUAUCAGGUGGUGUGAUUAGAGGUGGGGAGUUGGGACUGACUGGGAAAGUUUCUGCACCCGAUGUGGAUGUCAGUGUUCCAUCGAAGAAGAAGUUCACCUUCGGUUGGGGCUCGAAAGGCAAGAAGGCGAAGAAGGUGAAGUUGCCCACAGUGUCGGGAGACGUGGAUGCUAGUUUGGAUGUGGGUGGAAAGGUUGAUGUUCCCAGUGUGAAGGUCGAUGUGGACUCAGGUGAUCGAGUGAAAGGUAAGAAAUUCCACUGGUCUCCGAAUAUCUCAUUGCCAAAGUUGAAAGUGCAUGGACCAGAUGUGUCUGGAAAACUUCAUGCAGAUGCACCUGAUGUGAAUGUGAAUGUGACUGGUCCAUCUGUGGAGGUGCCAUCUCUGAAAGCCAGUGGUCAUUUGCCUACUGUCGAUGUGUCCGUUCCCGAUGCAUCAGUUGGGAGGUGA